UUGGCAUACACUUCCAGGGAGCGUCCAGUAGCGACCACGGACCACGUCUUUAACUUGCAUCUACAUCUCGUAUGCUUCUCUCUGUUUUUGAACCACGGGAUCAAGUUUACAAUUUUUUCCAUUUGACUAUGUAUAUAUGAUUGUGUUUAUGAAGUCCUCUACAAUAUGCAACAAGCAGAAAGUAAUGGAAACCAAGUUUUUGGACUUCUCUAAAUCUCUGCAGAUAUCCAAGACCUUGGCAUCUUUGGUAUCUCAAGGAUUUGGACCACAGAGUCUUCAGACAUUAAUGUGCACUUCCACUGGACAGGUCCUGAUUACAAACAAUGGAGCCACAAUCUUUAAUGCAUUGCAUAUUAGUCAUCCAGUAGGGAAAUUAGUGGUAGAAGCCAUUAACAAGAUGACACAGUACACAGGAGAUGGAAGUAAGGUGUUCAUUUUGAUGUUAACAGAAAUUCUACAGCAGAUAGACUGUCAUUGCUGUGAGAGUGACAGAGGUAGAUUGAUAAGGGGAAUAACUCACUUUAACGAACACAUUUUUCAUAAUCUCCAAGAACAUGUGCUUAAAUAUUCAAGGACAUGCACUUUAAGCGAUGACAAAAGGGCAUUCUGUGAGAGCUUUAAAGGAGUCUUCAGAAGUGUACUUUCACCACACUAUUCUGUAAAAGUGGUAGAAAGUUUGACAAGUACUUUGACAUCAUCAUUGAACUUUGACCUGUCCUCUAGCCGCUUUUUGGAGCAGGUAUCAAUAAUGACUCAGAACUUCAGUCAGAUGGUCAUUAAAACUAUCGGUCCAUCAAUUACUGAAUCAACAACGUUGGAGUCCUUCAUAAUUCAGAGAGAUUUGGCUACUCACUUUGAAAUGUGUCAUGUGGAUUAUGUGAAAUUUGUUGUUCUGAUGUGCCCAAUUGAAGGACAUCUUAACAGUGAAGAUGGUGAAUGUAUUCGUCUAUCAACAGAUAACAAUUUGAUAAGUUUUAUGAAAUACCAAAGAAUAAGAAUGGAAAAGUUUGCAUAUAUGUGCAAAGAUCAGAACAUAGGUUUAGUAAUCAGCACAAUAGGGGUGCCAAAGUAUUGUCUGCAAGUUCUGAGUUCACAUAAAAUUUCUGUGAUACAUUUUGUGGAGGAGGAAGACUCCAUGUUUCUGAGUCAGAUGUGGAAAAAAUCUCUGGUGUUUGAAUUCCCUGAAGAGAGAUUUGCUGAAAGGGAGAUAUUUGUAGCCUCGUCUUGUAAGAAGGUAAUCAUCAAUGGUAAGGCUUGUGUACAAGUGACACCCAGUGGAGAGCAAGUAGCACCCUUCACAAAAACCCUACUCCUGACUGCACCCACUGAUGGGCUGUGUGCACAGCUUUAUACUGUCAGUCAUAAAGCCAUCAAAGCAGCAUAUUUAUCCCUUAACCCAACAAAUUCACUCCAAGGCACUGAAGAUGAUUGCACUUCCAUAACAGUACAAGGAGGAGCCUGUUUUGAACUCAUAUCCAGUGAUUUUUUGUUAAAAUGUAGCAAAAGUAAAAUUCAUGAUGAGGAUUUAUUGAUAACUAAGAUACUAGGGAAUGCUUUUCUCAGUGUUGCAAGAACACUUCACAGAAAUGUGUCUGAAAAAACACAGAAUCAAGCUCAUGACUUCUAUGUCAAGUUGUCUAACAUCAAGAGAGAUCUGAACAGUUCUAAAUGUCGAGCAUUUGACAGAAGAGGAGCUCUUAAAGAUAUGGAAAAUAUUGGAGUGUUGGAGGCAUUAAGUGUUAAAUUCCAUGUAGUUUCUUGUGUGCUGAAUUUAUUGCAUUCUAUUUUGAAAACUGAUAGCAUUAUUGGAGUGAAAAAUAAAUAGAAGAGAAAACAUUA